AUGCAGCCCCCUCACCUCCUCCUCUUCCUCUUUCUCCCUUUCAUCCUCCCCGAGAUGUGGGCAGACCCAGAGGAGCCGCAGGUUUUGCAGAUACUUCAGACCAGCUUCUUCGCCAACAUCAGCUCUGCUGAGAUGUCUUGCGUGGCUUUCCUGGGGGAUGUGCCCAUCUUUGCACUGGAUCCUGACAACUGGAGCAUCUACUUUCACUGGCCCUGGGCCAGCCAGGCCGCAGCCGAGGGUGAUGUAGAGAACAUCAAGUCUCACUCCAAACUCUUCCUGCGCAAUAUGGUCCGAUAUGUGCACAAAACAGCCCAGCAGGCACAACUGGACUACCCAUUGGUGGUCCAGAUCCGUGUGGGCUGUGUGCUGCACCCCAACGGGACAAGCUGGGGCUUCCUGAAUAUCGGGGAGGGUGGCGAAGACCUCAUAUCUUUCGAGGUGGAGAGGCAGCGCUGGGAGCCCCAGAAGCCAUUCCCGCUAGCAGAGCUGGUCAGAAAGUCUCUCACCAGCAAUAGGGCUAUCACAGGGCUUCUGGAGCACCUCCUCUCCAUCUCCUGCCGGAGCUACAUCCUUACCCUGCGCAAGUAUGGGAGGACAGAUCUGGAGAGACAAGAGCCACCUGUGGCCACAGUCUUUGUCUGCACACCCAGCCCAGCUCAGCUCCUGCUGGUUUGCCGCGUCACCGGCUUCUACCCACGGCCCAUCAGCGUGGCCUGGCUGCGGGAUGGCCAGGAGGUGCCACCAGGCCCGGCACUCAACACCAGCGCCAUCCCGCCCAACGCUCUGUCGGGGGCGUUUGGUGGUGGAAGUACAGGAUGGUUUUGUGUUGGGAUCUCCUCCACUCCUGACUCCUACUCCCACGCCUGA